GUUCCUUCGAAACCCUGGGCCAAACUUUUUUGGCAUUUUGGAGGCAAACCAUUUGUGCUAUGAGGCAUGACUCAUGAGCUUGUUAAGUCACCAAUCUCUUGGCUAGAUUGGUGACUUCAAGUUGCAUUCUCGUCGAUCUCUUCAAAGCAAUCAUCUUGAAGUCAGAGACCGUGUAUCGUUUUUAUUAAACACACAUAUUCCCCACCGAAGUACCAAUGAGCUUGUUAAGUAAACGUGACAAGAUCCAUUCAUUUAUUUCUCCAGACAAAUCGAGUUAUUCAGACUCAUCAAUAUUGUCGACACACUAAUUAGGGAUGGCAGCAAAACCCGAAUCAACGGGUUAUUUGCGAUUUGCUUGUAUGAUUGGUGUUUUUUUGUAUGAAUAAUUUGUAUGAGAAAAUUUAAGUUAGACUUUUAUUUUGAAAGAAACUUGUUAUUGUAAAUUUUUAUACACAAAAAUCCACGGUUACCCAUGAACCCACGGAUACCCACUGGGUUGGGUUGAGUUUGAGCUUCUCAAACCCAACAGAUUUUACCCCGAGUUUUAUUAGCGGAUAAACUCAUGGGUUUGGGUUUUGGCAAAACCCAUCUCAACUCCGGCCUAUUGCUAUCCCUAACUCAGAUGAGUAUUCUCUAGAUAUCUUUUUCUAACUAUAAAAAAAAAAAAGAACAAGAGGAAUGAAAAUUUCGAAAUAGCUAGCCAACUCUAUACCAACCUAUUUUAAAAGUACGAUUCAAUAAUAUUUGGGAUACCAUGUUGCCACAAAGAGCUUUGAAAGCUUUCUUGUGCCCAUCUAGAGGAACUUCGUUGUUUUUAUCUAACAAAAAAAAAAAAAAAACUCACAGAGAGAGGUGGGAUGGAUUAGACAGUAAUAAUAGACUGUUUUAAUUUCCAUGUCCCCAUUCCAUUUGGUUCCUUAUGUUUUGUUUCUUUCGUGACUUGGACCGAAGACAUUAUUCCGCACCAAAGUUUGACUGUAAUCCAAGCAGGCCGGUACAAAGAAACAAACCUCGCUUUCACUCCAUGUCACGUCCUUAUGGGGCGAAAACUGUAAUUCCACUCACCAAAAAAAAAAACACACACAUUCUCCAUAACCAGACCUUCGUUUCGAUAUAUACCCCCAAAUAUCAUCACCCUCUUCGUUGAUUAUUUCGUUAAUCCAAUUAAGUGCCCAAUUCCCUCCUCCACCAUCUCUCUCUCUCUAGAUCAUCAUCAGAUCGUCCCUCUAAUCCACUUAGUUAUCAUCAUCAUAAAUAAUAUUCCCCCUCCGAUCACCAUCAUCCAUGUCGUCGAUCGAUCUCCUCGAAGCCAAUCAUCCUGCAGCCCUACAGCCCGGCAAAGGGCUUCAGCUGUUCAAUCAUCGUCCGGAGCUUCCAUCAUCGAAACCCAACAACAACACCAUGGCUUUCAACGACUACUUCGUCACCACGUCACAGCCGAUGCACGAGGUGAAGAGGCUGGAGAACGUUAUUACUCGCGGCGGCGGCGGCGACAAACACAACAAUAUCAGUGGUACUACUACUACUACCAUAUCCUCGUCGCUGGAGCUUCUCAGAAGCUAUGGGAAAGGGUUCAGGAAGCUCGACGCAGUCCAAUCUCGCGAUGAAACGACGACGGCGACGACGAAGAAGAGGAAGCUGUCGACGGAGGAGGUGAUGAGGGUUGCUGGAGAGAGGUACAUCCAGCUGUCGGACAGACCGAGGUGCGACGACUUCACCAUGCUGAUGCACCCGUUCGGGUACGCACUCUCCUCGACGCUGUCCGAGGGGGAGAUGAUGGACGUGGAGCUGGCCCACCUUCUCUUCGCGGCGGCCGAGAAGGUGGGCUACCACCACUACGACCGCGCCAGCAGGCUGCUGACGCGGUGCGAGUGGAUCGCGUCGGACCGGUCCAACGCGGUCCAGAGGGUCGUGCACUGCUUCGCCGAGGCGCUCCGCGAGAGGAUCGACCGCGGGCUCGGGAGGUUGUUCCUUGGGAUCCCGGAGGUGUACGGAUCAUCCGCCUCCGCGAGUUCGAUCUCCAACGGAUUCGGUAUGAACCUGUCGUCCAUCUGUCUCCACCAGCAAGUCCCCUUCAGCCAGGUCCUCCAGCUGACGGCCGUCCAGGCCAUCGUGGAGAACGUCGGGUCGGCGAGGAAGCUGCACUGCAUCGACCUGGAGAUCCGGAGCGGCGUGAUCUGGACGGCGCUGAUGCAGGCUCUGUCGGCGAACCAGGCCGAUGGAGGAGGAGUGGAGCACCUCCGGGUCACAGCCGUCGUCCGGAUCUCGGAGCGGUUCGAGGUCGACGACACGGGGAAGCGGCUGGAGAGCUUCGCCCGCUCCAUCAACUUCCCCUUCAGCUUCCACGUCGUGUACGUGGCGGAGAGCCUGAGCGAUCUCAGGGAGGACGCGUUUCGGAUCGGUUUCGACGAGUCGGUGGUCGUGUUCUGCUCUUUCGUCCUCAGGACGCUGCUCGCCCGCCCACACCGCUUGGAGAACUUGAUGAGAGUGAUAAAGAACCUCCACCCAACCCUAAUGGUGGUGAGCGAGGCCGAGGCGAACCACAACUCCCCCGUCUUCGUCACCCGCUUCAUCGAGGCCUUGUUCUACUACAGCGCCUACUUCGACAGCCUCGACACGUGCAUGGCCGACGACGCCGAGCAGCACCGGACCAUGAUCGAGGCCACGCUCUCGUACGGCCUCAGAAACAUCGUGGCCAUGGAAGGCAACGAGCGGACGGCGAGGAACGUGAAGCUGGAGGUGUGGAGGGCGUUCUUCUCCAGGUUCAGGAUGGUGGAGCUAGGGUUCAGCGAGUCGUCGAUGUACCAGGCCGGGCUGGUGAUCAAGCAGUUUCCGCAGUGGAAGUGGUGCAGCGUGGAGAAGGAUGACAACAAGGGUCUCGUUGUCGGGUGGAAAGGGACGCCCUUGUUCUCGCUCUCUGUGUGGAAGUUCUCUAGGGAUAGGUUGGGGAGGUUCUUUAACUAUCGUUUCGGUUAAAUUUUAUGUUACCAUGUUUAUUUUGUUUCAUGGGUGGAUAGAUCUGAAGUUAGUUUAUAUAAUCACUAUCUAGUUUUAACUUUUGCUUUGUGUUGUGACCUCGUUGUGAUCGUCGUGUUAAUUGUGGUGUUUUGUUGGAAAGAGCAAUAAAAAAAUAAAAGCAAGCGAGGUCGUUAACGUGUUUGAAGUUUGCAUUCGUAAAAAAAUAUGAGUUAUGACACAAUCCAAAUAGGGAAAAUACCAUAUCGGUAAUACAAUGGAAGUGAUUCUUGUAUAUAAGUACCCACCAAACUUAUUAGUAGGAUACUCAAAAGUAAAACCGUGCAGGCUUCAUCAAAAGCGGACAAUAUCGUACUCAUAAUGGAGUUGCCUUAUUUCGACAAGUGGGUUUCAGAGCUUGGUUCAUUUUCGGUUCGGGGCAAUGAACGUCAGUUUGGUGGGGCCCUCAUUCGGCAACCUCUGAAUUUGAGAUCUGUGUGGCAUUUCAAAGAUAAUUAUGCGUAACGAGACUUUUUGGAGAGGAUACCAAAAGUAGUACUGUACGGGUUUGGUCCAAAGCGGACAAUAUCGUACUAAUGAAGCUGCUCGAUUUUGACAAUAAGCAACAAAUUACAUGCACAAUUUUGAGGUUUUAAGGACUAUGAUUUAGAUAACCAAGGCCUAGGGUUCACUCAUCAAGGGUUACAGUAUAGUAUCAUGCCCCCAAAAUUCGAUUAAUUCAAGGUUUAAAUAUCAUUUUCUUACUUAAUGUAUGAUAGAAACCACUAUAUAUAUAUAUGGUUGAGGUUAGUUUACACUUAUCUUACCAUACGUUUGGUUAUUUAGAUCGUGAAUUAACCGGAGUUUGAUGCAUGAAACUAUACCCUAACCUUUAGUGGGUAUACCCCAGUCCCCAAUACUCUAACUCAACCAAUAAGAUUCAUUUAAUCUU